UAUUUUGUUUAGGUGGUUAGUAACCCAGACCUAACCUAACAACUAGUUACCAAGAUAUGACUCCUUAUGACAUGACCUAGCGUUAAUCAUAGUCGGCAGCGGGGUAUGCGUUCUUUGAGGACUUUUACUUUACGAUAUUAAAAACGUGUUAUUGGUUGCAUUAAUUAAAUAACGAGUUAACGCGUUAGUAUUUAUUUAAAGAUUGCGUUGACAGCGAAUGUAAGGUGAUUUUUUUACGUUAAUGAACUUUAUGUAAUUGAUUCGUGUGUUUAUCGUCUUUCUAAUUUACGUGUCAUGAGCAAACGUGACUCGAUGAUUGAACCCUUUCAAAAUAUGUCUACGCUUGAUGACGAUGAUUGUAAUUGUACCACUACCGACAAGAGUAUCAGAAACCUUUGCGUUAAAACGGAUGGUUUAAAAAUUAUCGGCGAGUUUCAAAAAUUGUACGAGGAUCGUAUCGAAAACGUUGAUCAAGAAUUCGAAAGUGAAAUUGAUCAAGUCUGCAUGAAAUUGGAAAUUUCAAGAGAAUGGAUCAGGAAUUUAAAAGAACAAAAUAUUAUGUUAGUUCAAAUAGUAGAAGAUCUGGAGCAGGCUGCAUUAAAUAGAGUGAAAUUAUUAGAACAGAAAUUAAAACAGUCGUCGAUGAUAGUAUUUGAUAGUACAAUAAACAUGUACGACACAGAAAAGGAUAUAAAUACGCUUUCAAAUCGUAUUAGCAAUUUAGAAAAGGAUAAAGAAUAUAAGCAACAAAAAAUAGAAUUUCUUCAAAGCGAUAUUAGAGGGUUACUGGAAUUAAUACGGCGUGCAGCACAAGAAAAGCAUUGGAAUUUAGAAGGGAUAAAGUUCUUUGAAAUUGAACCUAGCGAUAUACCUAUUCCUAUAGAUUGUAGCUGUGACCAGGAAGAGACAAAUCAGAAAUGUAUACAGUCCUUAAAAUUACAAAUUGAACAUUUUCACGAAAAUGAAAAAGAAAUGGCUGAACAUCAAACGAAAUCGGAAGAUGAAGUAACUCAACCUAACAAGAAAUCAGAAACUAAGGAAGAUGCUACUGAUAAAUAUUGUACUCAAUUUCAAAACUUUAGUGACAAUCUCAAAAAACGUGCCAAGUUUGAGAAUCAAAUUUCAAAUUUGGUUGUAGCAAAUGACCAACAAACUUUUGACAAUCAAGUAAUAUCAUACUUGACUAAAGUAAAAUCAUGGAUGGAACAAGAGAAAGAGGAUGUUCUUAAAUUAAAGGAAGAGCUAGAGAAGACUUUAGAAAAGUUAUGCUCUGCUAAAGAUCAAGAAUGUCACAAAGUUAAGAAUGAAUUCAAUAGGAACAAUCUUUAUGAACUGACUAAAAGUAUUGACUAUAUAAACACAAUGUGUUCAAAAAAAGAGACGUCGAUCGCAAGUAUUAAUUCUAUUAUACUAAAAUUGGAAAACAAUAAUUCACUUUACACGGAAAGUGUAAAUUUAUCGUUAGAUACAGAUGUUAAUCAACAAUUUAAAUUAAUGGAUUUAUUUAGAACAUACGCUAUUGAAGCCCAGAUCACUACAGAAGGCAUCAAAGAAGAAAUUGAUAUUGUAGUUUCCACUUUUAAGUCUAGACAUCAAAAAUAUACCGAUUUAAAUAAAGAGAUCGUAAAUGUACAAAAUCAACUAAUAAGAAGUCGGGAAAAAAUAAUCGAAACAAUUGAUAGAUUGCAAUUACAAGAAGACGAAAGAACAAUGCAUAAUGAGAGAAUUAGUUCCGGAAACAUAAAGUUGAAGGAUAUUAAAAAUGAAAUAAAUCAUGCUCAGUCCCAUUUAUUAGGUCACAUUACAGGAAUGCAAACUAAUAUAAAGGAAAGUAUUGGAUCCAAUUAUAAAGAAAUGUGUAUGUGCAAUGAGUUGUUGCAUUCAGUCAUUGAGGAAAUAGAACAAACAUCAAACAGUCUACAAGCAUUUCAAGCUCAAGGAUGUUGCAUCGCGUCAGAUACGAAAGAACUAAAGAAUCAGUUUUGCGAAAUAGAUUUAUUUAUACAAAAAUUACAGCAAAAAAUGGACGAAGCGCUAUUAACGCAUGACGUGGUAGAAACAACACUGUCCCAAAAGGAGCAAAAGUUAAGGAAACUAGAAAGAAAAGUUGAUGCAAUUCACUCAAAAAUACAACACAUAUUGGAACAAUUCAUUUCCUCAAAGAAUCAGGUAUGUGACAAUAAUGUCACAGAACCACAACUAUAUACACAGACUUUAAAUGAAAUACUGCAAAUCAAACAAGAUCUAUACAGAUUAAGAAAGGAACACGAUGAAUUAAAAUACAAACUAUCGCAAAAAUCACUUUAUAUAGAAUGCAACGAAGACACAUGUUUAUGGAAAUGCAGAAUGUCCGAUUUACAAGAUCAAGUUAAAAUAUUACAACACGAGGCAAAGUGCAAUCAAGAAAUAAACGAUUUUCUGAAGCAGAACAUUAAAUCGAUAGAAGGGGAACUUAAAAUUGUACAAGCAAAAGCACAGAACUAUAAGCGAUUGCAUUCCGAAGAUAAUAUAGAAUUACAAAAAAAGAUAAUACAGUUAGAAAACACUUUGAAAUUGCAAGAAGAAAUUGAAUAUAAUCUUCAACAACAACUAAACGAUAGCAAAUUAGAAUUGAAGAAGUCCAAAGAAGUAUUGAAUUCUUUUCAUGCUGAACAUAGUAUCGAGGAAACACUACUCUACUGUGAAUGUAAUCAAUUUCGACACGAUACAAUGAUCAUACCUCAGCUAUUGAAAACAUUACAAGAUACUAUGAGAUCGACAAAAACUGGCCUUCAAGAGUUGAAAAUUGAAUUUACAAAUUUGAUUGGUGAGGAUCAGACUGAUUCAUGCUGCUCUGCAAAAUCGAUAAUGGACAAAUUACAAAAAUACGAAGAUGAAUUAGAGAAUUCUUUCCAAGAAAUUGAAAAACUUAAAAAUGCUUUAUGUAAAAAGGAUAAACUUUUGAAAGAUAUGGAUCAAAUUAUUAAGAUUCAAAAGGAUUCUCUCGAGAUGACACAAGCUGAGUUAAAGGAGCUUCAUCAAAAUUUACAAAAGAAGAUUGAUAAUCAGGAUCAAAUAAUCUCUCACUAUGAGAAAGAAAAACAAGAAUUAUUAAAACAGAACGAGCUUCAAACUCAAACUAUUUGGCACUUACAGAACACUGUUGUAAAAGUUAAAAGACGAGUAGAUCAAAUGGGAUAUAGUAAUAUGAGCGACCUUGAAGAAAAAUGUAAAACUAUUCGUUUAUUGACAGUGUGUGUGGAAGAAACUCAAAGUCAAUACAAUGAAUGUUUUGCGGAGGCUGUUAAACAAAACAAAUUAUUGGAUCUACAGCGAGACAUGAUUUGUCAUCUUCAGCAAAGGAUUUGCUAUUUGGAAUAUGCUAAUUGUUUAACUAUUACUUCUAUCCCCGAUACGCAUUUUUCUAUUCUAAGAACAAUUCAGGAGCAGUUAGAAGCACAUGUAAACGAUAUCCAAACUUUGAAGUACAAGAUAGAUACUCUGGUACAGUUAAAAUGCUCCUCAGAAAACAAAUACUUAAACAUGAAGAAGUUGUGGCAAGAAACAGAAGAAAAAUUACAAGAACUAAAGAAAUCGGUAUCAAAACCAGAGCAGAAAAAGAUUUAUGAAGACAAAAUGUGCCAGUGUAAAAUAGAAGUCGGAGAUAAAGUUUGUAUCACCCAAGAUACAUUUAACUUUAAUGAGUUAACAUGUAAUACUAAAGAACAAAUUAAAAACUUGCCAUAUGGAUACGAGUUACAGUCAGAAAUAGACAUUUUAACCAGAGAGAACGAAGAUAUGAAAAAACAAUUACAAAAAUGUAAAUUAGAUUUUGAUAUCAUUGAUAAAGAACUGAAAAUAGAAAGAGAAAGCGAUACUUAUACUCAGCAGAUUUCGUUUGAAUUUCAAAAAAUAAGAGACACAGAGUGUCGUUUGCGUUAUGAAAAUGAACAACUCAGGUCUGAUAUAAAGAACCAAGCAAAGAAGACGGAAAAUUUAUUAGAAAAGUUGCAACUCGUUAAAGAAAAUGAUGUAAAAUUUGAGAAAUUGUUUAAAAAAUUAGAAGAUAAACAGAUGCAGAUUAAUACUUUAUACAAUCAAAUUACGAAUAAUGAAAUUGUUAUAAAAAAGCAAUUUGACACCAUUGAAGAACUUGAGAAAAAAUUAGGUACAAAGGACAAAGAAGUUAAAGAGUAUUUAUCCGAGUUAAACGACGCUGAACAAGAGAUGUCCGUAUUGUACGAUCGAAUACAGUCUUUAAAAAGUAUGCUAACAAGAAAAUCAAAUAUCAUGUCUAAGUUAGAAGCGGAUUAUGAAAUGCUAAAAAAAUUUUUGUUAUUACAGAAUGACAAUUGUAUUCUAAGAGCAGAGAACAAUGCUUUUGAAAAUAAAACAACAGAAGAUGUUUGCCAAUUGAAAGAUAUAAUUGAGAAAGAACAAGAGAAAACCAAGAAAUUAGAAGAGUCAAAAUGCUAUUUAGUUCAACAGCUUCAAAAAUGCAUGGAACAGAAUUGUAUUCUUAUUAAAGAAAAAGCUAUGGUAGAAGAAAAUAAUAGUAAAAUCAUUUUAGAGUUACAAGAGACACAUAAAUCUAUGUUAGAAUUAAAAAAGAAAUGCCAAUUAAAAAAUAAGUCUUUGGCCUGCAUGUUAGCAGAAUUAACGGAAACAGCCACGAGCAGAUCAGAACUUUGUAAUCAAUCGCAAUACGUUAUUUCCUGUAUUCGCAUUUGGAUGGAAGAGCAACGAGAAUAUUUAAAUAAUCUUAGCUCGAAAUUGAAAUCUUAUCAACAACAACUAUUGCAACUUGGAUUUAAGAAAAAGGCUCUUUUACACGAAACAAAACGAUUCAAACGUAUUAAUCAUUUACUGACUCAAAGACUAAAAAGAAUGCACAAAUAUGGUGGAAAAAGUGUUAAAAAUAAUUGCAUAAGAUGCCAUGUAGUAUCAUCAAUUGUAGCACAAAAUGCAGGCUUAACAAUUCCCACGAACUCGAAAUAUUCGCCUUUUGAAAAAGAAUUGCGCGUUUCGACACGUGGUAAUGCUUGGUGGUUUCCAAAAAUGAAGUACUUGAUAAACGAACUACAGAAAGAGAAUCUAGAAUGCAAUGAAAAUUUUUGUAAUGGAGAGAAUACUGGAAGAACAUUAGAAGAAAGUCACGAUUGUGGUUAUCAGUCAUCUACUAGCAAAUGAGCAUUGUAGAGUAUUUUGACCGAUAACAUUGAAACAAUGA